CAAUUCCAUCUUGAGUGCCAGUCCCUUAACAAAGUACAGGCGACUACCAGACUCAUCCGCAUUACACUUACGAGCUACUAAGCUGCAAGCCGGCCUUGCAACACCCCACUACCCGCCGUAUACCCCGCAUUCCACCCAAUCGCUCACACCCUCCAUCUUCAAAAUGGAAUCCGAAAAGCGCAAAUACGCCGCUGGGCCCUCCCUCCCCAGUGACAGCGAAGACGCCAGCAAACGCCGCAGAGUCAUCGGACCAGCUUUCCCACCCCCGGCCGACGCCGCAGAUAACAGCUCCUCCUCCGACAGCUCCGACGAUGACGACUUCGGGCCCAGUCUACCUCCCCCCGAGGGCAGCUUACCUUCCACCACCAGCUCCCAGCCCACCCCAACCCCGUCAUCCGAAACCUCCACCGCCCCGAAAGCUCCCCAGCGCGACGCCUGGAUGCUUGAACCCAUUGACGGCUCGAACCGCUCCUCCCGGGUAGACCCGACCAAGUUGCGAAACCGGAAAUUCCAAACCGGACGGGCGGCGAACACCACGCCUGGUGGUGGCGGGGUGGACGUUUCCUGGACCGAAACACCAGAGCAGAAGAUGAAGCGUCUGCAGGAUGAGGUGCUGGGUGUGCAGACCCGGCCUGGUGCUGCUGUGGGGACGGGGGAUUCGGGUGCGCGUGGAGCACAACCCUCCCGUGCUAUGCAGGAGAAGAUUCUGCGGUAUAAUGAGGAGAAGAGGAAGGGGGAGAAGGCCGAGCAGGCGGCCAGGGAUGCUGAGAAUGGGAAGAAGAAGGAAGAGGAGGAUGAUCCAAGCGCGAGGGCUUUUGAUAAGGAGAAGGAUAUGUCGCUUUCGUCGAAGAUCACGAAUGCGCAGAGAAGGGAGAUGAUGAAUAAGGCGGCGGAUUUUGGGUCAAGAUUUACGAGUGGGAAGUUUUUGUGAUUGGGGGUUUUUUUUGCGCCGUGGGCUUGGGGGGAGAAGAUACCGAGGCCUAUUGGAUGUCCUCGUUAUCGAGCGCUGGAGCGUGUCUUGCUCAGUCUCGGUCAUGACAUCGUCAGAGCACCGCGAAGAUGCGCACAUGAUUCGAUACAUCCUAUCCCU